CGUGUCAUCGUUGACGUGGUUUGGAGUGAAAUUCAACUACUCACUGACAGUAAAACGAAGAGUAGCGUUUGCUCUCAUCAGUGGUUGAGGUACAGCAGUGGAUACAUCAAGAAAUAUGACUGUUAAUGAAGAAAAUUUUCGAGUUUUCGCUUAUUGGGCGUCAAUACUGGUGUUGAAGGUGCUGGGAAUGGUAUUUGUGAUAGGGAGAUGGCGUUGGGGAAAGGGAAUAUUCAUAUCUCCAGAAGACACCAAGUUCGUCAAGGGAUCGAGAAUGGUUGAGAAUGACCCGGAUGUGGAGAGAGCUCGCAGGGCUCAUCUCAAUGAUCUGGAGAAUAUUCUCCCUUGGGCAGUUUCAACGGCUGUCUGGCUUACUACAUCACCGGAUCCGUGGUUAGCAGCUGUCUUGAUUAAGACCUUUGCUAUUUCUCGAAUCCUGCAUUCGAUUGUUUAUGCAGUUAUUGUUAUCCCUCAGCCUGCGAGAUUUCUGGCUUUCGGAGUUGGAUUUUUGAUCACUAUUUAUCAAUCUGUGACGACAAUACUUUAUUGUGCGUAACAUCGAGGGCAGCAACCCCCAUGGAAAAAUAUAUAGAAAAUAUAGAUAAUUUAGGCUAAUUUAAUAUAUUCUUAAAAAUCGGAUUUCCAGUUUCCACUGGAGCGAACGGAUACGGAUGUAUUGGAAAAAAAUUAUUACUCGUCGAAAAUUAUAAAAAGAAUAUCGCCAUCCCCUAUAUCUAUAAAUAACGCAACCUUGACGACUCUCAAUCAUGAGUUUGAGAUUUCCCUAACGACUGGUGGAAAUUGUAUCAACUGUCGCAAAAUUUAAUAAUUUUCCUUUUCAAUACAAAGAACAAUUCCUUCCCUUUGUAACGCGCCUAAACUGAGCUCAAUUGAUAAAUUUGUUCCUGAGUUAUGAAUAAUUUUAAAAAAGUUUAAAGUGUCCAUUUUGUUUCAUCUUUCAAUUCUAAUUGUCUACCGCCAAAAUCAACAAUAAACAAAUUGAAAAUUCAAUUUUAGAGACUUAC